CGAAAUACUCAACGAUCAACGCCGCAACAUAUCCGCAAGAUGGAAGGCCUUCUAUUCAACGUCAAUAAUGGAUACAUCGAAGGGAUUGUAAGAGGUUAUAGAAAUAAUCUUCUCACUGGCCAAAACUACAAUAACCUUGUGCAAUGCGACACCAUUGACGAUCUCAAAUUACAGCUUGGUCCUGCGUACGGCGACUUCCUUGCCUCCCUCCCUCCCAACCCCUCGACCUCGAGCUUAGCUGCGAGAACGACCGACAAGCUCAUCUCAGAAUUCCGAUAUGUACGAGCAAAUGCAGUCGGUUCACUGGCGAAAUUCAUCGACUUCCUGACUUAUGGUUAUAUGAUCGAUAAUGUGGCUCUACUGAUUACUGGAACCCUACACGAAAGAGAUACCCGGGAAUUGCUGGAAAGAUGUCAUCCACUGGGCUGGUUCGAGACAAUGCCCGUCCUUUGUGUGGCCACCAACAUCGAGGAGUUGUAUAACAGCGUCUUGAUUGAAACCCCACUUGCACCAUACUUCAAGGGAAGCUUGAGCCAUCAGGAUCUGGAUGAGCUCAACAUCGAGAUUGUCCGAAAUACUUUGUACAAGAACUACCUGGAGGACUUCCACAACUUCGUCAAUACAGAUCCAGAAAUGGCUGGGACGCCUACAGCAGAAGUUAUGACGGAGAUCUUGGAAUUUGAGGCUGAUCGACGAGCUAUCAAUAUCACUCUCAACUCGUUCGGUACAGAGCUAUCAAAGGCGGACAGAAAGAAGCUAUACCCUGCCUUCGGUCGUCUGUAUCCUGAAGGCUCCUAUAUGCUAUCAAGAGCAGAUGACAUCGAGGGUGUCAGACUCGCUGUUGAUGGUGUCGGUGACUACAAGAGCUAUUUUGAAGCUACAGGAAUGGGCCAAAACAGCACUGGCGCUGGAAACAUGAGUGGAGGGGCUGGAUCAGAUGGGAAGAGCUUGGAAGAUUUGUUCUAUCAAAAGGAGAUGGAGAUCUCGAAGGGUGCCUUCACAAGACAAUUCACAUUCGCUAUUGUCUAUGCUUGGGUUAAACUACGGGAACAGGAGAUUCGAAACAUCACAUGGAUUGCUGAGUGCAUAGCUCAAAACCAGAAGGAGCGCAUUGGCAACUACAUUAGUGUAUUCUAAAUUCUCAGCAUGUUUUGAUAGUCCCUUAUGUUCAACCUCAGCGACAUGCUUCUGCUCAUGGUUUGUAGUUGUUAUCAUAGGUGGGAGGCGCAGGGAGAUUAUGGACAUGGUUUACAAAGUGCUUCGUACUCUUCAUAUCCUCUAUAAUACAUGCCUUAAUGGCCUGUGGUGUACAUAAGCUUACAGGCUGAUUUCGCCCUUCC